AUGAAGUAUUUAUCAUUAUUUUAUUUUACAACUUUAGCUGCUUCCCUUCGGAUCAGUCCUGAAAUCAAAAGAUCUGUUCUGGAAGUAUUAGCUGAUGAACAAAAUCUUAAUGAUACCACUUAUAAUUUCGUUCAAAUUGAUUCAGGUGAACUUUUCCCUAUGUCAUUAUGUAAAGGUAUAACCUUAGAAGAGGCUACUAUUGAUCAAUUACAAGAUUAUUUAUCGCAAGGUAUUUUAACCAGUGUUGAUUUAUUACAAUGUUAUCUUGAUAGAUAUUUCCAAAUCAAUGAUUUCGUCAAUGGAGUCCUUCAAUUAAAUCCGGAUAUGUUCGCUAUUGCUACUCAAUUGGAUCAAGAAAGAAGUCAAGGUAUAGUUCGUAGUCCCUUACAUGGUAUUCCAUUUAUGGUGAAAGAUAAUUAUGGAACCAAAGAUAAAAUGCAAACCACUUGUGGUUCAAAUGCUUUAUUAGGAUCAGUUGUCCCUCGUGAUGCUCAUGUGGUUCAUAAAUUAAGAGAAGCGGGUGCUUUAUUAUAUGGCCAUGCCACCCUUUCUGAAUGGGCAGAUAUGAGAUCAAAUGAUUAUAGUGAGGGUUAUUCUGCUACUGGGGGUCAAGCAAGAUGUCCUUACAAUUUAACUCUUAAUGGUGGUGGUAGUUCAACUGGUUCAGCAGGUUCAGUAGCUUCAAAUUUAAUCAUGUUUGCUAUGGGUACUGAAACUGAUGGUAGUAUUAUUAAUCCAGCUGGAAAUAAUGCUUUAGUGGGAUUAAAACCUACUAUUGGAUUAACUUCCAGAAAUGGUGUUAUUCCAGAAUCAGAACAUCAAGAUACGACCGGUCCAUUAGCUAGAACCGUCAGAGAUGCUACUUAUGUUUUACAACAAAUUUACGGAGUUGAUCCAUUAGAUAAUUAUACCUAUGCUCAAAUUGGUAAUACACCAGAAGAUGGAGAUUAUGUUAAAUAUGUAUCUAAUAAGACCGCUUUAAAAGGGGCGAGAUUUGGUUUACCAUGGGCUAAAUUAUGGUCUUUGGCUGAUCCAGAACAAAUUGAUGGUUUGUUGACCACCAUUAAAGCUAUCGAAGAUGCUGGAGCUACAGUUUAUAAUAAUACUAAUUUUCUUAAUUUGGAUGUUAUUUCAUCUGACGGUUGGAAUUGGGAUUUUGGACCUGUAAAUGAAUCAGAAUAUACUAUCGUUAAAGUUGACUUUUAUAAUAACAUUGCUACUUAUCUUGAAGGAUUAGAAAAUACUAAUAUUAGAAGUUUACAAGAUUUAGUUGAUUAUAAUUAUGCCAAUGAUGGUACUGAAGGUGGUAGUCCUGAUGUGGUUCCUGCUUUUGCUUCAGGUCAAGAUGGAUUUUUAGCAUCUUUAGAAUGGGGUGGAGUUAUGAAUGAAACUUAUUAUCAAGCUAUUGAAUUCGUUCAUAAAAGUUCAAGGGAAGAAGGUAUUGAUUAUGCUUUAAAUUAUACUGAUCCUACCACUGGUGAAAAUUUCCAAUUAGAUGGUUUAUUAGUUCCAUCAGGACAUAGUAUAACUUAUCAACAAGCUGCUAGAGCUGCAUACCCGAUGAUCACUAUUCCAGUGAAUGAAACAUCUGUAGGAUUACCAUACGGUAUUGGUAUUAUGAAUACAGCAUGGUCUGAACCUCAAUUAAUUAAAUAUGGUUCAGCUAUUGAAGAUCUUAUAAAGGGUAGAACCACCCCUACAUUCAAAGAUUAUUUAGCUAAGAAUAUUCCUGUUAUUUAA